UUGUGUAUAUAUACAUAAGUCAUGAUCAUUUGCAAUUGCUCAACAACAUUAGGUUUGUUAUUAAGAGUAAUUAAUCCAAAAAAAUGUUAGCAUUAUCUCCUCCUCAUAUAUUUCCCAACUUUGGAUUUCCUUUGGAAGAAUCCAUAGCUCAUGAUCUUAUUUCUUACUUCUCUACAGAAAUUCACCCUACUCCUAAAAUUUCUUCUGAUCAUGCUCAACAAAAUUUAUUAUUAGAUCUUGAUCAUCAAUCCACAUCUUUUACAGCUUGUAAUAGUGGUGGUGAUCCUAACACAAAUAAUAAGAAGCUUAAUCAUAAUGCGAGUGAGCGUAAUCGUCGUAAGAAGAUGAACGCUCUCUAUUAUUCUCUCCGAUCUCUAAUUCCGGCUUCCUCUAAUCAAAUGAAGAAGUUGAGCAUACCGGCCACACUUUCGAGGGUAUUGACGUACAUACCGGAACUACGAAAACAAUUAGCGAUAUUAGUCCGAAAGAAGGAAGAACUUUUAUUCGAAUUAUCGAAGCAGGAUCCAGUAAUUAUGAGUCCUCAAAUUAACCGAAGAAAAGGAACUAAUCUAUCGGUAGUAUCCGCUAAUCAACUUGACAAUGAAGAAAUAUUUAUUCAAAUUUCCACACAUAAAAAUGUCAUCCAUAGUUUAUCAGAAAUUUUGCUUGUUUUAAAGGAGGAAGGCCUUCUUUUAAUUAAUUCUUCUUCCUUUGUAUCCUUAGACGGCAAGGUCUUCUACAAUUUACAUUUUCAGGUGGAACGGACCUAUAAAUUGGACAGUGAUGCUUUAAGCAAGAAGCUUGAAUCUUUAUAUGAAAGUAGAUAAGAGUAGUUGUUCAUGUUUGAUGACCUAAUUGUCAAUUAUGUAAAGGAAAAAUAUGCAUAUUUACAUUCGGGUCAUAUAUAUCAUCUUUUCGAUCUUUGCCAAAUAUAUUCAUAAUCAUUUUGGA